UCACAUGCUGCCUAUGCUUCCGAGUUAUGAACGCAGAAGAUGUAAGCCAGUACCUUUAUCAUGGGGGUCACCAACUAAGAGUUUUCUGCUCUGAUUCUUGUGUAAAUGUUUUCGUAUUAUCUGCUCGCAAAAUUGUCAUCUGUGACACCUGCAAGGUAAAAAAAUACAACUUCGAUAUGAUUCAUCGACAAGUAGAUGAAGAAUUCAGGGAGUUUUACUAUUGCUCCUUACAUUGUCUGAAAACAAGGGACAUGGGUGCUACUUCUGCUGAUAAAACGGCUAACUCUAGCACAUCGUCUGGCGCAGUUGCUUCAGGUAACAUUUCCUCAUCUACUGAGGCCCCUAUUGCGGUUUGCAGUAUGUGUAAUACUGUGGCAAAAGCACAGUUUCAUAUGGUGAUGUCCGACAGCACGUUAAGAAGUUUUUGCCGUUACAAUUGUGCAUCGAGAUACAAGUCUACGUUUGGCUUUUUGGUAGAAGCAGCAGCUCAGCCAAAGGAUGCAUCAUCGCAAGCAAAAAAUGCAGCAGUUUCAACACUUAGACCAAAACCUACUUCACAGCUAACCUCAAAUUCAACUUCACCUCGUACAAAUUCAUCCAGUAAAGCAGCUACACCAGCACUCUCUCAAGAAACACUGCAGGCUACUACAGAACUGCUAAAGAUGCUCGUGCCACCAACUGUUGUAAACAAAACUACUAUGUGUAAACCUUCCACUUGUACAAAGGGGGUAUACUGCAAACCACAUCCAUGGCAUAGACAUACUCAGACAGACUUGGCUGGCAUUGAUAGCAACAUGUCCGACAAAGAGUACCCACCUAUCCUGCCGGUACCAAUUCCCUGUUAUGUACCUGCACCUAUGUGCAUGUAUAACGUUCCAUGUCCGGUUCCUAUCUUUGUUCCAAUACCUCUUCCUGUUCCUGUGUUUUUACCCACAUCAGCAAAAACAUCAAAGGACGUUGUAGCACUUAUGAAGAAAAUUCAAGAUGAGAUACCAACUGACCCAAUCCAAGCAGAAAUGUUACUUCUAGCCCGCCAAACAAUUGAACAAGAACAAGAGGAGGCCCGGUCCGAAGAUGCUGCAGAACAGGCAGAAGAGCCUGCAAGUCCUGUUGAUAACUUCACGACAUACUCUGGUGAUGAUGAGGCAGGUAAUGAUGAAGCUGUUAAUGAUGAGUUGAACUCUGCUGAUGAAGCUUGUCUCAACACAAUGGAAGAAGACUUACCAAGAUACCCCCUUCGAGACACAGAAAUGACUUCUAAUUAUAGUGAAACUGAAACUCACAAUGAAAACAAGGGCAAGAGAAAAAAGAGAGGAAGAGGGAGACCGAGAAAAAGACUCAGACGUGAUAGUGAUGAAUCUCAGUCCCUUUCUGAUGCUGAAGAUGUGGAUGAUCCAGAUUUCUUCCCUGAACCUGAAACUGUAUUAGAGGAAGAGUUCCAAGGACCUUUCCUCAAUAAAAUGUAUGGGUUAACUGCCUGGAAAAGUUGGGUUACCAAAAAGAAUGCCGAAUUAGCUGGUGUGUCAUCCUCUAGGUCCAUGAAACUCAUUUCGGAGGACUUGCUCACCAUGAAUUGUGAUGAGUUAAAUUAUGCCCUUUGUCUUUUCCUGAAAGAUUUGAGAAAACCUAAUGGCGAGGCAUACCAGCCAGAUACAAUUUUGUAUUUACUGUUAGGUAUUCAACAACAUUUAUUUGAAAGUGCAAGAACUGAUUGUAUAUUUAUGGAUUUUGGAUUUGAGAAGUUUACCAACAGCCUAGAUGAAAUUACAAGAACAUUUUGGGUUGCUCCAACCUUACCUGGUGUAUCACCAAUGAUUACAUUAGGAGUAACAAGAAUUACAGAAGCUAUGUUAUGGGAGUGUCGGCAGCUUGGAGCACACACGCCUCAAGUUCUUUUGAAUACAUUAUUUUAUUUUAAUACAAAAGUCUUCAGACUUAGGACUGUCGAAGAACACUUAGCAAUGUCAUUUGUACAAAUAGUCAAGCAGUGGAGAAGAUCCAGUAUGGGUCGUGAUGGCUCUGGAACUCGUACCACUCUACUGAAAUAUUACCCUAAAAAGUCGUCAGCUGAUGGUGACAAACCAAAGCCCAACUAUGAAAUGCAUGAGAAUCGAGACGACCCCCUGAGAUGUCCUGUUAAACUAUACGAAUUUUAUUUAUCAAAAUGCCCGGAAAGUGUUCGUAAUCAAAGAAACAUCUACUAUGUGUAUCCUGAACGAUCAUGUGUCCCUGAUUCCCCCGUGUGGUUUUCAACCCAAGCAGUGCAUGCUUCCAGCAUUGCGAAAAUGCUGCAUAGAGCACUGAUGGUCCGAGAGGUGCAAGAAGCCUUUGCUGAGUAAAUAGAUACCUUGUGACAUUAAGAAUUUUCUAUUGCUGAUAGUGGGUGCUAAUAUUUUGAUGACAGAUACAAAGAGAAAAAAAAUUGAUGAAUCAGUUUCCUUGGCUUUUGUGGGAUAUAUAUUUAUAUGAGUAAAUUUUUGCAGAAAAAAGAAAUCCAUAUAUUGAAUAGCAAUGUUGUAUGGCUGGUUUUUUAUUUUUGUUACUUUAAGCGUUGAAAGUAAUUUUUAAUCAAGCAAUAUCAUAAUACUGUAUUAGUUGCAAAAGUAUGAUGUCUUUUAUAGGUGGAUAGUUUGCUCUGUUAAAGAUUGGCAGAUUUUUGAGACUGACAAAUAUUGUAGGAAAAAAUCCAGUUUUGUCAAUUUGGAGAAAAAAAUGAGGUAGCAAAGCAAAUUUUUGUUGAUCUGUGGUCUUGUUCUUCUUGUCCAUACGUUGCACACUAUGCAAAUGUAAAAUUUUCCUUUUGUGCAUGUUUUUGUGGGAUUUCAUUCUAUGGACUGCUAUCUUUUUUUUUCAUUUUACAUCUUGGUUUCUCGCUCUGGUUUUUUUUUACUGAAUCAGAAUUUGUUUUUCUUUGUUUAUAGUAUUAGUCUCCAUGCUUUAAACACUGCCUGUGGCCUGGUAGUUGUAAAAAUUAUUUAUGUAAUAGCAGUUUGAUUUAUUCAGAGAAGGUGUUUUAUCAAAGUAUACAUACAUAAUUUAUAAGACUGUGGUUCUCAGAAGUAAAAUUUACAGUUGACUGAGGUAUUUAAAUGGAGGUUUUUCUGUGCUAAACUGAAUCUUUUACUUAUCUCUCAUCUGGUUUGUUAUGGUGUCUGUUUUCUACAGUAUUUCUUUUGCCUACUCUUUAAGAACAGAUCUGGUAUAGCCUCAUUACUGGUAUAUUAAUUCUCUACAGAUACAAGUACCAUCUUUGAAAAAUCUCCUUGAUUAAUAAUACCAUCUUUCAAAAAUAUUUCCUUGAUUUCAACCUCUUUUUCUAAAAUUUGUUCUCCUUUUGCAUCCAGUGUAGAAUAUUUAUGGCAUUCAGUAAUUGUGCACUAGUAUAAUUUGCAAGUGGCACCUCCACUUAAAAGAUUUCAUAUUGGUUAGUUCAAAAGGGUUAUUGAACAAUAAACCUUGGCUUUCUUGUUUGAAUCAACAAACACACUCAUGUUGUCUUGACACUUCUCUAUCUGUUCCUAUGAGGGUAGAUCUUAUACAACCAGUGCUGUGGCCCCAGCCUCUCUCUCUUUUAUAUUUCAGCAUUUUAAUUGUUAUUACUUAAAUGAAGUACUGUAUUGUACUGUACGUAAUACAGUAGCUUAAUCUAGUGUUGCGUAUGUUUCGGCACGUGUGCAUAUGUAAAGGUAUGCACCAUGUUAGGAUAAACUAUGUGCUUAAAAUGUGUUUCUCUCUCUCUCUCUCUCUCUC